AUGGCCAUUAUCGAUGGAUGGAGGCCAAGCCUCAUCGUUGGCAUAGACUUUGGCAUGACUUGUACGGCAGUCAGCUUCUCUCAAGAACCAGAAUACCCAGGCCCUUGGCAAAUACAGAAAUGGCCCCGCCCUAUUGGUACAAAUCCAGGCCAGCUCGAUAACAAGGUCACUACAGCAGUGGGCUAUGAUGGGAACAAUGUUCUGGUCAAUUGGGGCUUCGUUACAGGAGCAGAUGGCACAGCUGUCACUCCCGAAAGAGAAUUCAAGUUGUACAUCGAUCCUAGUUUCCCAGAUGACCAUCCAACCAGACCAAGUCAUGCUGAAGCUAUACAGUUCUAUACCGACUACAUGACAUCGCUACGUCAGUAUAUUGAAGUCUUCUUCGCGAAUACGAUGUCUGACUUCCACCAGCGAAACGUCGAGUACCUGUUCAGCAUCCCCACAACGUGGAAGAAUCCAAUGAUUACCGCAAACCUCGGCCGGAUCCUUAGUCUCGCUGGGUUCUCCAAUGGCUACAAUCGACGCCUCGAGAUUUAUCUCACUGAGGCUGAGGCUGCCGCCGUCAAUGCUGCCAAGCAAACAUUUCGAGUGGGUGAUAUCGUUAUGGUAGCCGAUGCUGGCGGUGCAACCACCGAUAUCAAUACCCUGAAAUUGCUUGAACGUUCAACUCGAAGCACAAAGUUAAAAUCACUGACCAAGGCAGAAGGCAUUAAUGUGGGAUCCACGCUCAUCGACGAAGCUGUUAGGAGAUCUAUCGCGGUUCGUCUUCGAACACUAGGUGUCGCAGGUGAUGAUGGCGAGCUUCAUUGGAUUGCCGAUGAUAUGAUGCGGGAGAAACGUUUCGAAGGUAUUAAAUGUGGUUUCCUUGGUGAACCCUGGCAGGUCCAGCUUAGCAACAUUUUCAACAUUCCCUUGGACGUUGCCCCUCAAGUUAGGGACAGAAGAAUCAUCGUCACAGGCACUGAGUUGAAGGGCUUCUUCGAUUCACAGAUCGCGGUCAUGGCAGCAAAAAUUGAUCAGCAGAGGCUUGAGCUUACACGAAACCAGCCCGGUUCAACUGUCGGAUACCUCGUGCUCUCAGGUGGCCUGGGCUCAUCAGCCUACGUCCAAAGACAAUUGAGAGCUCGAUAUCCCGGUCUGCAGAUCUUGUGCGCAUCCGAACCACAACUAGCCGUCGCCAAAGGCUUGGUUAUGGAUAGAGUACAGAAGCUGAAAGAAGGUGUAGGCGUUUACACAGGCAAGUGUAGUCGAGUGUCCUAUGGCGUUCUAUGUCGCCAACCCUACGACAAGAAAAUCCACAACGGCGAAUUUGUUGAAGUCGAUCCUCUCGACAAGCAGAGAUGGGCGAUUGAACAGAUCGACUGGCUAAUUCGGGAAGGAGAGGCUGUGCCAGAGACAGGUUUCACUCGCCGAUACCAGAUGAAGCUCCCCAAGAACCCUGAGAAGAAAAGUUUCGAGGCACAAUUUGUCAUGUCCGAGGCUCCAUCUCACGAUCUUCCGAGAAGUCUUAGGCGAGGCAAUCUUACACGUCUGUGCAACGUCCGGGCGACAUUCAGAGACAACGAACCUGUCUGUCAUCCAGAAGAGAGGGCUGCUCUUUGGUCGCCAAUCACACUUUAUUGUCGACUUUAA